AACACAACUUUGCAUACAUGCAUUGCUGGAAUGUUAUGAAGGAUGAGCCCAAAUGGCAGGAUCCAAAGCCCAGAUCAUUUCCAAAGUCUGGUGGAGGUGAGAAUGAUGGCAUAGUCAACCUUGAAGAUGACAAUGGUAUCCCAACUGGUGCACCCGAGGAGAGGCCUAUCGGUAGGGAUACUUCUAAAGUACCCAAGAAGAAAGAAAAUUCUGAUGCGAGUUCAACAUCAUCUUCGGAGUAUGCUUUGAGGUUGCAAGAUCUAUCAUUGCAGAGGAUUGCUCUGAUGCAAGUAGAAUCUGUCUGUAAGAAAGAUCGUUUCCAGCACCUUGCAUGUAUAGAUGAGAAGCGCUUUGAGGAAAUGCGAAGUCACAAUCAAUCACUAUUGGAGUGUGAGCAAGAGAAGAUUCAGAUCAUGCGUGAGAAGCAUGAUAGGGAAAAGGAAAAGGAGAAGCAAGAGGAUGAAAGGAUCCUUGCGGUUGAUCUUGAUGCCUGCACCCCUUCUCAGCGGACGUAUCACAGCAUUCUUCAGGAAGAAAUUAUGGAAAAGAUGGAAACUAGGCGCAGGAAGAGACAGAGCCCCUGAAGGCCCUGCAAGAGGCAACUGAAAAGCAUCUAGGCCCUUAAGGUAUGUUUCGGUGAUUAAUAAUAACCGUUUUUGUGACUAAUGAGUUUGUGUAGCUAAUUGAAAUGUCAUCACUCUCUGGAUCAUAUGGUUAAGGAGGCCCCUCAUUUCGUUAUUCAAAAGGCGAUCUCAGUAUUCAACUCAAAUAUAUAUCAAGACUAAGGAUUUCUAGUCCUAAGUGUCGCAAGGUUGAGAAGGACACUUAGGUUAGUAUAUGUUUUAUAGUUUUGUUGAGGUCGCACUAUUAAGAGGGGUUAAGGCUAAAUAACUUGAGCAUGGAGCAAGAUCGAUUAAAAAUGGUUGCACUCAUGGGCCACUCAGGUUCUUGGAAGCUCAAACAGGUCAUACUCAACUCAUAUCUCAAGUAAAGUUGGAUUUCAUUCAAGACUCAAAUCAAAACGAACGAAAUCAGAAAAAGUCUUGAACACCGGUUUAACCGAUGUUGUCAAAAUUCUAUUCAUCGGUUAAACGCGGACAACUAAAGCUUGGACACUGCCUUCAUCGGUUGAACCGACAAUUAAUUAUUGAUCGUC